GCUGCUCCUUCUCUCCUCUCUCUCCUGAGCCUGUGUGUUCUUGGCAGACACUUCAUGGUUUCCUUCAAGGGGGCUGGGACUGUCUGGCGUCACACUCGCACAUGAAAUGUCCACUUCCUACUCGCUGUAAAGUAAAAACUGCAACAAUCAGCCUGAGGAAGCAGCACAAAGCACAGAUAUUGCAGCAUUUCUCUGCUUCCAGUUGUGAAGGAGGCCGAAGUAAAAGAGGCGGGUCUCGGUUUGCUGGGAGAAAAACCACUGUGAGGAGCCACAAACUGCACCUGGAGAAAUGAUCCCCUUCAGACUCACACAGGGAGUAUGAGCAGAUCCUCUUACCUGCAACAAAGGGACAAAGGGAAACUUCAGAAGGAGAAUGUUUAGCUUCAGGCUCGUCUACAUUUUCUCAUACAACCUGUUCCAGUUCUGUGGACACACAUGGAUACUGGCUAAUAUCAUAGCCAGGUUUCUCACCUUUGGCCAUGAUGCCUUAGCGGACACAUUUUACUCUGUUGGCUUUGUGAUGAGUCUGUGCCAGCUGCUCUCCAUCCUGGAGCUUUUCCACAUCGCUGAUGGGAUUGAGAAAGCCAGACUCCUUCCUCGCUUCAUCCAAGUUAUGGAGAAGAACCUCCUGCUGAUCAUGGUCAUCAUGCUGGAGGAGAUCCAGAGUAAACCAGUCGUAUGUGUACAGUUCUUCUUGUGGAACAUUCUGGACCUCCUACGGUACCCACAUGAGCUGCUGUGUGUUAUGGACAAACCCUCCAUCACCAUGCUGUGGAUUCGCUACACACUCUGGAUCCCAUUAUAUGUCCUGUCAGUGGCCAAUGAAGGUGUCACUAUAUACCAGGCCCUGUCUUACGUUGAGCCAACAGCACCAACCUCGGCACACAUUCACCUCCCCUUCCUCCCGAUGCUCUACCUGCCUGUUCUCGCUCUCGGGGCCUCUGUAACAGUCUGGCAGCUGCUGAAGGAGAAACAACAUCACCUGGAGAAAUGGAACAAGAAGAUGAAGAGGAAAUGACACCUCAAAUCAAAAGAGUGAAUGUUUUGAUGUUCUUUUUUUCUUUUGAAAGGUUUUUGAAAAGAUAAUGGAGACUUGAAAAGUGAUAUAUAUGAGAUUUUAAAGAUUAAUGAAGCAGCAAACAACUAUUAUGUAUAUAAAGGUAUAGUGGAGUCCUGAGCAGAGAAUAAUGACACACUCCCUUUACCUGUGUUGUUAUCACAGCCUCUCUGUGGUUUGUUUACAUAGCAUGGCCCUGUCUAUGAAGUCUGGUUGGCCAUUUGUUUUGAUGCAGUUUUCUAUUGCAACAUCUAGUAGCAGUUUUGUAUAUAUAACCUUUAACGAGCUGAGUUUGAUGUCAUCAAUAAAAUCUAUAUUUAAGAACAGAUCUUGAACUCAAGAGCCACAAAAUGUAAUCCAACACCAUUAAAUGUUUCCUGUAUUUGAUGAACUUUUAAUGGGCAUAUAUUGUUCUGACAUAGCACAUUCCUCUUGAUGUUGCCGUUCUCAUAUGUGGUUGAAGCAGAGCAACAAUGGCAGUGCAGUGGCUCCUCAGGGCUACCAGCCGUAUGCUCUGGUCCAUACGGCUUUCUUCUUGAACUCAGCAGAGGACCUCAGGGCUAACAGGGUGGCUGAAACACACAAGGACCAUCAGAUAAACCAAUCUGAACAUUUCCAGUUUAUAAUCAAACAAGGACAUUUUUUAUUUCUGCCAAGAAUGUUGUUUGCUCGUGAGAAUGUCAGUGUGAUGUCAGUAAGAGGAAAGACAGGCUGUGUGUUUCACGUUGCGCCUGUGUGUGUUCAACUAGCUACAGCCAAUACUGAUGUUUAUGUAGUCUUACUAUGCUGCCAUAACAAUACCAACAUCAGUGUUACCCCCCUGUGAAAAUCUUCAAACAUGUUUGCAUUCAGUUUCUCACAAAAACCCACUGUGUAUGUUGGAUGCCUAACAAACACACUGGAUGCAUGUCCCUCCUCGUAAAACAUUUACACAGUGCAAUUUUUGUGUAUUCUGAAACGUACAUGGUCUAACAUCAUGGAUGACUGAUGAUGAGAACUGACAUCCAUUCAUUCCAACGCAGCACGGCAUACUUUUCUAUAGUUUCUAUCUAUCUUAGCUUAAAAAACAGGGUCAAGCAGAAGACCACAGCAUCCUGUUUAUAUCCCCCAUAGCAUUAUGGGAACCACCUAAUAGAAGUAAGACAAAUAAUAAUAAUGCCAAAAUCCAUGAAUAUGAACUUCCAUGUAAUACAUAAAUACUGUGACAUAAAGUACUGUGUGUUGUA